UUUGUGGCAGGGAAAGCUAAACAUAUGAAGGCUUCAGCAUGUCAAAAUUUUGCCAUUAUAGAAUUUACUAAAGUACGUAGACUAUAUGGCCGGGAAAGCUGAACAUAUGAAGGCUACAACAUGUGGACAUGUUGCCAUUAUAGGAUUCACUUGCGUACGAACAUUAUAUGACCGGGAAACAUAAAUAUAUGAAGGCUGCAACAGGUCAAUAUACUACAGCUAAAAAUUCAUCGACCGUAAUCUCUUUCACAGGGAAAUUUGACAUGUUGAUCCACGCUUAAAAAGAAAACGAUUUCAAAUGCAGUGCACCAGUUAGAAACAGUACUUCAAUUAAUGCAAUAGCACCAUCUUUUUCAAUGUUUGUUCCUUUUCUCUAAAAGGGCCAGAAAGUUCAUUUUCCUUGAGCAUAGUAAAUAAGGAAUUGUAUAUUUAUUUGCCCCAAUAUACACAAUUUUAGUCCGUUAGAUUGUCGUUUUUAAACACAACUGGAUGUCCUAUUUCUUCAAAAGUCGUGUUCACAUAAACUGUAUAAACCAAAUAUAAAUUUGAAUAUUUCGCAAUUUGGUAGUUUUUUGAUAAAGGGAGUUACGACAUAAGCCAUUUAAAGUAACUUACGAUAAGGCGAUCCCGCAAUUAAGAUAUCAUAUAAGCACACUUUUCUGAUGCGUAAAUAGAUGGAUGAAGUCUGAGACAGAAUGAAAUGUUACAGCUUAUUCGUGUUCCUUGUGUCUCAUUCAGUUUUACCAGCAAGCUGUUUAGAUUGUUUUUCCUGUCAACACGUUGACGACCCUGCCCAUUGUAAUACAUCAGCCGUUUGCGGACAAAAUGAGUUUUGUUAUCUGGAUGGCCACCAAGGCAGUUAUGCAUUGGGAUGUUCCAGCAGUCAGAACUGCGGAGCAUCAGCAGGUAGUCUUGUUGGUCGUAGUUUCACAGAAUUCCAAAUCAAGCACAUGAGGGGCGACUUUAAUGCAAAGGAAUUGGAGACCCGGCAAUCAAUAAACUGUCAUGAAUGCUGCUCGACAGAUGGAUGCAACAAAGACUUAUGCAAACAUCUUAAACCAACUCAAUGUGUGGACGACGAAUCCGUGGACUGUGCUAGGAUGAGUACUUUAAUCAGUAUUUGUCAAGAUAUCCACAAGGCAAAAAACGUUUGUCCAAGAUUUUGUAAUCUGUGCAACCUAGUAGAUGGACAGUGGGGACAGUGGACGGCAUGGUCUGAAUGUGAUGUCACAUGUAACACCGGAGUUCGAACUCGGGCGAGAUCAUGCACAAACCCUUCACCUGCAAAUGGAGGACUAGACUGUGUUGGGAAGAAAAUAGAAACAAUACAAUGUCAUAAAGAAACGUGUCCAGUUCAUGGUGGUUGGAGUGGCUGGUCUGACUGGGGUUCUUGUUCUGCCACUUGUGAUAUUGGUUUAGAGCGACGGGACAGAACGUGCUCAAAUCCAUGGCCAAGCGAUGCAGGAGAUCACUGCUAUGGCGAUGCCCAUGAAGAUAGAAUUUGCUCGUCGGCAGCUUGCACAGAUGGCGCUUGGUCUCGUUGGAGCCACUGGGGCGCUUGCAGUGGAACUUGUGGCGUAGGGAUACGUUCAAAAACGAGAACCUGUUCAAAUCCUUAGCCAUCAGUACUUGGAAAACACUGUGACGGUCCAUCUGUAGAAGUUAAUCUUUGCAACAAACAAGCAUGUCCAGAUGACAAGAUAGCAUUUACGGCAUAUGGAGUGGCAAGCAGUGGUGACAGGAUACUAUUUCCAAAAGUGCUGCUGAAUUACGGUGGAGGUUAUAACAAUAACACAGGGAUAUUUACUUGUGUUACACCUGGAAUCUACCACUUUGCAGUUUCUUUCACUAUGAAAUACAGCAUGCAUGGUCAUGUAUUUAGAUGCUAUCUAACUGUAAACAAUUCGAAAAAGCUUUACAUUGAAGGUCACAAAACCUCGUCUGAUUACGAGGCCUUGGAGUAUUCAGCAGCUGGCUCAUUUCAUCUUAAUAAAAAUAACAUUGUUUACAUUUUAAAGGACGCGUUAAUUCUUUCAGAUGCAAACAAUGAUCAAAGCAGUUCAUUUAUAGGAGUAUUGGUAACCCCAGACAUGUAAUUUUCCAAAUGUUGUUUUUUUUCUGUUUUUUUUUUCCUUCCAUAAAAUGGCCAAUAUUUAAAGUGUUUUAUGUUCAUGUAGUAGAAAA